GGCCCUCUGAAAUCUGCGGGAAUUAUCACGAGAGCGGGCGAUAAGGAUGAGAUUUCAGGAAAUGCCACAGUAAAAUCAGAACAAAUAAGGAAUUUAUAGAUCAGUAUAAUUAAGAUUUUCCAUCGCAAUGGUCGUCCACAUCUCAGUCAUUUUAUUACUGGGAUUAAGUUCGUUUUUAAGUCCAGUUCAAGCAGUGAUUAGUGGCGAUAUAUACGGACCUUUGGUUGAACUUGUGGUCAAACAACUAAAUGGCAGUCAUUUGGAUUGGGAUAAUUGGACUACGAAAAUGAGUUUGACUUUGGAAAGUAAACAGCAGAAGCGAGUGGCAUGGAAUAUUCCCUGGUCGCACCUGCUGGAGGAUGGAAAAUCGCUACUAGAAGUGCAACAACAACUUAGUCCCGGAAAUGCUUUCAAGCUGAGGCUGUGGAUGAGCUACUAUUGGUACCUACGACGAUCUCAGCUCAUGAAUGGGAUUCUUCUAUCAAACUUUGCCCUGGAAUUGGCGAAACUCCAAAGAAAUGAACCAGAAGUAUGGAACAAUGAUGUCCAAAACAUGUGGCAGAGUUUGCCAAGAUCUCUGAGGAUAUUAUUAAAAAGUCGCACCGUAUGCCUGCAACACAAAACGGAGAUGUUGUAUGUGGCAACUGAAAAACAACUGAUCUUGGGCGCCAAUAACAAUUGUAGUAUGUGGGUGGUUGAGGAAUGGAACGAUCACCGGCUAGAACUAGUGAAUUUCUGUGAUGAUAAAACCACUUUCUACAUCAGGACGGCAUCACCUGACGGAUCGCAUGUCUUGCUCAGUGUCCGCAACAAUGUAGCUAGACAUUUUUGUGUGCUAAAUGGCAUGAGUUUCUAUAAAGAAGUCUCCAAGACGUCAGAAAUGGAAAGCCAUUGCCAUUGGCAAAUAAAUGAUUGCACCUUUUUACCUUUGACAUUUUCAGCUAACAAUAAAAUCUAGCUAUUCGGAAAUAAAAAUGUACUUAAUAUCAGGUAUCAGCUUUAAAUAAUUUUAGAACAGAGUAAAUUGCGAUUAACUGGGGUAUAGCGAAAGGAUUUUAUUUUUUGAGCUCUGGUUCUUAUCAAAAACUAGACUUUUAAGUAUAUUUUACAGCCAGCUCUUUUGCAACUUAAGAACAAUCGAGGCGGUCAAAUUUAAAUUAAAUUUUUUUUUGGGAUUUUGGAAGAAUACCCCUGAUAACAUUGUUUUAAUUUGAUAUUUAGUGGGAAAUACAUAGUGCAACACGGAAUUUCAUCGCAUUUGAAUGAUUUUCAAAACUAUACCUAUUUUGGUUUCUGUGGCUAAGGCUCUAUCUUUUAAGAACAUUUUCAU